CGUUAAUUUACUGCAGAAUCGACAGUACUGCGCUCUAUUUCUUUAAGAGUGACUUCAGCAGGAUCUUUCUGUUUUUUUUUUUGUUUUGUUUUUUUGCAUAGGGAUUACACAGUACAAUACCUUUCGAUGACAAAAGUUCGCAGAUGUGUUUUAAGAGCAAUUCUACACAACUCAAACAGUUUCGCAAAAUGUUAAGAUCUGUCGAACGACACCCGACCAAGGAGAGGACUUAUACAUACAGUUUUUUGUCAAGAUUAUCAUCAUGACUGCCUUUAACUUUUCAGACGUGGAGGCAUUCUUGGAUUGUCACCCUGAUCUUUUUAAGCAGUACUUAGUUAGAAAGGAAAAAUGCGAUGUGGUGAGCAAGUGGCUCAAAGAACAACAGCCACCCAAAGCCUCAAUGGAAGAAAAACGGAGCCCUUCCUGGACAGCUAAGGGGGACGGAUUACAGAGACGAACAUCACACAUGGAGCUGCGGAGGAAUUUUGCUCGCUCCAGAGCUAUGACAGCACACAGGACCUACGAUGAGCAUGUUAACCUAAGUACUCAUGAUUCCCAGUCUAGCAUGAGGAGAAGAGCCCUCCUUAGGAAAGCCAGCUCCUUACCCUCAACAACAGCGCACAUUCUGAGCGCUUUGCUGGAAUCCCGGGUCAGUUUGCCCCAGUAUACUUCCAGCGCCAUCGAUAUCAAAUACCGACUCAAGGAGUCCAAUGAAAGGGAAUUUUUCCUGGAGCUGGUCAAAGACAUUUCUAAUGACCUGGACAUGACCAGCCUCAGCUAUAAGAUUCUUAUUAACGUGUGCAUUAUGGUUGACGCAGACAGGUGUUCCCUGUUCAUGGUGGAGGGUCCUCCACACAAGAGAACACUGGUGUCCAAGUUUUUUGAUGUCCAUUCUGGCACCAUAGUGCUCCCCUCUUCCAGUAUGGAGAAUGCCAAAGAAGUGCAGGUUCCCUGGGGUAAGGGGAUUAUUGGAUAUGUGGCAGAGCAUGGUGAGACAGUUAACAUCCCGAAUGCUUAUGAGGACCAUCGAUUCAGUGACGAGAUUGAUAAGCUGACAGUGUAUAAAACCAAGUCGAUUCUCUGCAUGACCAUCCGCAAUAGUGAUGGAGAAGUAACUGGAGUGGUGCAGGCAAUCAACAAGAACCCAAAUGGAGCUCCUUUUACUGAAGAUGAUGAAAAAGUGCUGCAGAUGUAUCUACCGUUCUGUGGGAUAUCGAUAUCCAAUGCGAAGCUCUUCUCAGAGUCCCGCAAAGAGUACGAUCGGAGCAGGGCCCUCCUGGAGGUUGUGAAUGAUCUUUUUGAGGAGCAAACGGAUCUGGAGAAGAUUGUGAGGAAGAUCAUGCAACGUGCCCUGACCCUGCUGCAGUGUGAGCGAUGCUCUGUCCUGCUGCUGGAAGAUACCGACUCUCCAGUUGUGAAGUUUUCAAAGACAUUUGAACUUAUGUCUCCUCUGUGCUGUACUGACCUCGAAAUCAGCAUGGAGAAGCUAUCCUGUUCUGAUUGGCUGAUAAACAACAGCAUUGCUGAGCUAGUGGCUUCCACUGGUCUUCCAGUGAACAUCAGCGAUGUUUGUCAGGAUCCGCGGUUUGAAGCUGAGGCAGACCAAGCAUCUGGGUUUCAUAUUCGUUCGGUACUCUGUGUGCCAAUCUGGAACAGAACUCAUCAAAUUAUUGGUGUUGCUCAGAUUCUCAACCGACUGGACAGAAAAACAUUUGAUGAUGCAGAUCAGAGGCUUUUUGAGGCUUUUGUCAUAUUCUGUGGUCUUGGGAUUAACAACACCAUGAUGUACAACCAGGUGAAAAAGACGUGGGCUAAGCAGUCUGUUGCACUUGACAUGCUGUCUUAUCAUGCCACUUGCUCAAAGACAGAGGUGGACAGGCUGAAGGCAGCGAAAAUUCCUUCAGUGAGCGAGCUAGGAAUCGAUGAAUUUUAUUUCAAUGACUUUUCCCUUGACAAAGAUGCAAUGAUAACAGCUUCACUACGGAUGUUUUUGGAGCUGGGAGUUGUUCAGAAAUUCAAAAUUGACUAUGAGGUUCUGUGUCGCUGGUUACUCACAGUGAGAAAGAAUUAUCGUACAGUUGCAUACCAUAACUGGCGCCACGCCUUCAAUGUUUCUCAGUGCAUGUUUCUUAUAAUUACAACGGACGGUUUUCAAGAGGUCCUUUCAGACACAGAAAUAUUGGCUUUGAUGGUUGGUUGUCUCUGCCAUGAUCUUGACCACAGAGGUACCAACAAUGCGUUCCAGGCAAAGAGUGGAUCUGCUCUGGCGCAGCUGUACGGAACCUCAGCCACACUGGAGCACCACCACUUCAACCACGCUGUGAUGAUACUGCAGAGCGAGGGUCACAAUAUUUUUGCUAAUCUUUGCUCCAAAGAAUAUAGCAGCAUGAUGCAGUUACUUAAACAAGCCAUCUUGUCCACUGACCUUACCUUGUAUUUUCAACAGAGAACUACAUUCUUUGCAUGUGUGCAGGCUGGUGAAUACCGCUGGAAUAAUGAUGAACACAGAGAAGUUCUCAGGUCUAUGCUUAUGACAGCAUGUGAUUUAGGAGCUGUGACACGACCCUGGGAAAUCUCAAAGCAGGUUGCGGAAUUAGUUACGAGUGAGUUCUUUGAGCAAGGAGACAGAGAGAGGGCAGAACUGAAGCUAACCCCCUCUGCCAUCUUUGACCGGAACAGAAAAGAUGAGCUUCCUGGAUUGCAAUUAGAAUGGAUUGAUGGGAUUUGCAGGCCGCUGUAUGAGGCACUGGUGAAACUGAAUGCCAAGCUGCAGCCCAUGAUGGAUGGGAUCAAUGCUAACCGUAGAAAAUGGGAGGAGCUUUACUUGUCCUACCAACAAUCCCACAGGACACAACCUGAAUCUUGAGGCAUUGGGACAGCGAAAUUCAUUUUGUGGCGGAGCAAACCCACUGUACUUUUUAUGUUCAUGACAGCUGAUAUAAAAUGAUGGGCCCUAUUCACACAGCUUUAACUCCUAAGUUAUUUAAAGACGUUCUUUAAAAAAAAAAAUAUAUAUAUAUGUUUUAAUUAAUUAAAUCACGUUUCACAUGGAAGAAAUGUUUCUAGAUUGUUUAUGAAUAUGUAAGAAAAAAGUAUUUACUUCUUAAACACACAAAACAGACUUUACAUAACUCACAAGUUGAAGCUGCGUGCUGCUCCAUUUACCUGCCCUUAUCAGCACCCAUACAAGUCCUGUUUGGCUUGGGAAUAGUUUAAGUAAGCACAUGUUAUUACAUGUUAUUUACUAAGCGAGAAAGAGUAGCAGCAAGAUGUUCAAGCAUAGCAGAGUAUUUUUUUCAAAAGCUAAACUUUAGAGUCAAAAGCAAGACUCGGGGACGACCGUGACAGAUUCCACAGUCCGGUGCAAAGACACAUAAAGGUAAGCGAGAUCAGGGGCAUUAGGAGGCUGUAAAAAACCAAUGUGCUUCCAUUCCCAUUCAUUCUCCAUUGUGUAUAAGUUAUAAGUAGGGCUUAGAUUUUUGGUUUUAACCGAUAAAAAACGAUAAAACAAUCCCUGAUACAAAAAAAUGAAAUUGACGUAUAGCCA